GAAACAACCGAGGCGCCUCGAGGAGAAGCCAGUUCCGCUUCCGAGGUCGGAGGUUGGGCGGCGCUGAGAGGCAACCGGGGCGGCCGAGCGAGAGAAAGAUGCUGAUCAAAGUGAAGACGCUGACCGGGAAAGAGAUUGAGAUCGAUAUCGAACCGACGGACAAGGUGGAAAGGAUAAAAGAGCGGGUGGAAGAAAAGGAGGGCAUCCCGCCUCAACAGCAGCGACUCAUCUACAGCGGCAAGCAAAUGAAUGAUGAGAAAACGGCCUCCGACUACAAGAUCCAGGGCGGCUCGGUCCUUCACUUGGUCCUAGCCCUGCGUGGAGGCCUGCGAUGAUGGCAUCCCCGCCGCACCACCCCACUUUCCCCAAAGCCCCCGGAUGUGGGUGAGCCUCACCCCACUCCUCGAGGUGUCGCGGGAGGCCCGUCAGGUGUGAGCGUAUCCUGCCGGCCACCAACGCCUCCCCAGAUGUCUGUUGUUUUUUUGCAAGCCGUCAUUGGAGAGGUUGGAAGGGGGGAGGGAUUGAGUUUUUUGGGGAACAGGGUGUUCUUUUAAGUUAUCGGGGUGCAGCCUCCGUCCCGCUGCAUGUGGAUAAGGCUCCGUCUGCUGGUUUUCGCCCACCCAGGUCCCUAAGUCUUUUUUCCCCAUUCAUCCCUGUCAUUUUGUGGCUAAUAAAUGUUCAAUAAAUGUUUCACAACCGUCA